AUGGAUGAAGAUAAUUUUGUUGAUAUUAUCAUUAAUGACGCACGACAAUUGAUCAACAGAUUUGUAUUUAACCAAAUGAAUCUGUUGAAGAGGCAACUGCGUGAUGUUUCAAACCCAUUUAUAAUGCCUAUAAAUAUUUUUAUGCGGUACUAUAGAAUGCCACCUCAUGUUGUCAUAAACUUGACAAAUCUUUUACAACAUAGAUUAGUCGGUGAAAGGUAUUCAAUACCACUUCAUCUGAUUGUUCUAUCAAUGCUGAGAUUCUUUGCCGAAGGGAGCUUCCAAAAAGGUUUUGCAAGUGAUUAUCGGCAUCCAAUGGGUCAGUCUACAGCCAGCCGUUAUCUUACUCAGUUUUUACAAGCAGUAUUGGAAUUGGCACCCAGAUUUAUUCGAUUCCCAACUUCGCAAGAAGAAAGACGACAAAUUAGUACGCAAUUUCAAAGGACAAUAAGAAUUCCAGGUAUAAUUGGAUUGGUUGAUGCAUUCAUUGUGUGUAUGAAGCGGCCUUCAGAAAAUGAAGAAGCUUUUUAUAAUUACCGACAUGGACCAGCUAUGAAUGUUCAAAUUGUAGUUGACUGUAACUACAUCAUUAGGAGUAUACGCAUAAUAUCAGGAAGCAACAAUGAUCAGUUUAACUGGAAUUUUUGUGGAGCUCGAGAUUAUUUGGAAUUGUUGAGAAGAAAUCCAGAAAUUAUUGAAAACGAAGGACAUUAUUAUAUGCUUGGAGACAGUGGAUAUGCAAGGUCUUCGGUAUUGCUUACUCCAAUCUUAGAUGCUCCAGAAGGAUCUCCAGCAAGUGUUUACACAUAUGACCAUGUGCAUACACGAUAUAUGGUUGAGCAAACAAUUGGAAUGUUAUCAGGUACCUGGAAAGUUAUCAGUCGGUGUAGGAAAUUAUAUUAUAGUCCACAGAAAGUUUCGAUGAUCAUCAACGCAGCUGCCAUCCUGUAUAAUUUCGAAAGAAUGCAUGGAGUGUAA